UGAAGAGAUACAAAGAGAAGAAAAGAACAAUCUGGCUGCUCUGCUCACUCUCACGUCUAUGCCAAAUAUAGAGCAAUAAACAAAGAAGAUAAAGUUACUAACUUAAACAAAGCAACUACAGAAAUAAACACUUCCAUUUGUUUAAGAAAUACAACAAACCCCACCCCUCCCCCCAAACAAAAAUAAAAUAAAAUUAAUUAAUAUAAAACCCAGCAAAACCAAGCAAAGCCCAUCACUGGUAAGUGUGCAGAUGCAACCAACAGCUGCCGGAAGUAGCAGCUCAAACGCCGGUGCUGGCGGAAGUGGAGGUGCUGCUGAACUGAGUCGAGGACCUGGACUUGCGCGGUUCCGCUCAGCUCCAGCCACUUGGUUAGAAGCUCUUUUAGAAGAAGAAGAGGAAGACCCAUUGAAGCCUAACCAGUGCUUGACUCAGUUACUCAAUAGUGGCGGUGCAGCCGAUCCAGGACUCAGUCAAUUGGAGCCGGUUAGUUUUCAGCGCCAAAGCGGCUCUCCUGCGGAUUUAUUUGAUGGGUAUUUUUCAAACUUUGGAAUCCCAGCCACUUACGGUUACUUGUCUCCAAAUAUUGAUGUUUCCCCCUCCAGUAAGAGACCUAGAGAUGAAAAUACUCAACAAUCUUCGCCCAAGUUUCAGUCCCAUUCGAGAGGAGAGCAAAGUGGUCAGGCACGGGGUGGGGUAGCAGGGUUGAUGGAUAUGGAUAUGGAGAAACUUUUGGAGGAUUCAGUGCCUUGCAGGGUGCGUGCGAAGCGUGGUUGUGCUACACAUCCUCGAAGUAUUGCAGAGAGGGUUCGGAGGACACGAAUUAGUGACCGCAUAAGAAAGCUUCAGGAGCUUGUGCCAAACAUGGAUAAGCAAACAAACACUGCAGAUAUGUUAGAGGAGGCAGUAGAAUAUGUCAAGUUUCUUCAAAAGCAAAUUCAGGAACUCACGGAGCAUCAAAGGAAUUGCAAAUGCAUAGAGAAAGAUUAACCUGAAGAAGGUACCAGAUAAUGUAAUUAUUAGAUAUAUAAGGUUUUGGUCGGGAUCUAUCAUUGUUGUUUGCAAUAAUAUGUCACCAUCUUGUGUUUUAGCUUCUUCCUUUAUAUUAGAUGAUUGCCUAUUUUGUGGGUUCAAUAUAACCAUAAAGUCCAUGAUCAGGACUUAAUUCAUUUUGGCAAGAACUGUUGUUUGAAGUUCACUGAUGUGGUUGUAGUUGUAAAUUUAUUGUACACAAUAAUAUAAUUUAAAUGUACCACCUAGCAACCAUUUUUUUGGUUAUUAAUAAUUUCUUUGUAUUCCGGAAGAAACAUGAAGGUAUUCAUGU